UGAAACUUUUAAACUCGAAAAUAAAAAGCACUCCAAACAUGAUCCGUCGAAUGAAACAGCUGAACAAUACCUAGAUACUAUCCGCCAAAAACUAGCUGUUAAGUCAAACCGUUUGCGUAGGUAUACUCUAUCAGAAAAGAGAAGAACACAAAACAUAUCAUUUCAGCGAAAUGAAAGAGGGUUUUAUAGAAACCUUAAACGCAACAAGACUGAAGAUAUAACCGAAGUACCUAGCGCCGAGCAAAUCGAAAGCUUCUGGAAGUCUAUAUGGUCAACCAGCACGAAACAUGCAACCGAUUCAGCGUGGAUCCACGAUGAGUACAAGAGAACGGAAUCUAUAAAAGCUAUGGAAGACGCGACUUUCAGUGAGGCCGAUAUCAAAAAAGCUGUAGAGAGCACUCAAAAUUGGCGGGCUGCAGGGCCAGAUGGUAUUUAUAAUUAUUGGUUAAAAAAGUUUACAUGCACACACAGUAUGGUAGCUCAACACUUUACAAAAUUCCUCAAACAUGAAUCCCAAGUACCGAACUUCUUAAUGAAGGGAUGUACAUAUCUGCUACCAAAGGACCCAAAAGAUACGAAGAACCCUUCUAAGUAUCGCCCCAUCACGUGCCUAUGUACCCUAUAUAAAAUUCUUACAUCUUGUUUAGCCGAAAAAAUAUGUACUCAUCUUGAUACGCACAACAUUCUAGCCAUCGAACAAAAAGGAUGUGUUAAAAACAGCAAAGGCUGCAAAGAGCAGCUGAUAAUUGAUACAGUCAUAAUGGAGCAAGCAUACCAUAAUCAAAGAAAUAUUUAUACAUCUUAUAUCGACUUCAAAAAAGCCUUUGACACUGUUCCGCAUUCUUGGCUUUUGGAGGUUUUAGACAUUUAUAAAAUAUCGCCGAACAUAAAACGUCUUAUGCAGCAACUUAUGAACUCAUGGAAAGUUACUUUAAAACUAUUUCAUAACAACGGACUCAUAAAAACCGCUCCCAUACCUAUUAAAAGAGGUAUUUUCCAAGGAGAUAGCUUGAGUCCGAUAUGGUUUUGUCUGGCGCUAAAUCCACUUUCUUCGAUACUAAAUGCGUCAAACUAAUGAAUACGCUACUGGAACAAACAGAAGAUUUUUCAAAUGAUAUAAAAAUGUCGUUUGGAGUAGAAAAAUGUCGAAGAUUAAGUGUGGAAAAUGGAAAACUUAUAAGGCGAGAAUUUGAAUUAAUGACUCAUGAAACUGUAGACUCGAUGACAGAAGACGACACAUAUAAAUACCUUGGUAUUUUACAGGCUAGGAGGAUGCAGCACAGUGAAAUAGUUUCAGCCAUAACUAGUGAAUACCUCCAAAGAGUAAAGAGCUUGCUGAAAUCAUGCUUGAAUGGGAAUAACCUUUUUAAAGCCAUUAAUGCAUUUGCGAUACCGGUUUUAACAUACACCUUUGGUGUAGUAAAAUGGUCCGAAACAGAACUGGAAAACGUCAAGAGAGCAACAAGGACAUUGUUGACAAAGUAUGGCACGCAUCACCCAAAAUCGGCAGUAGAACGUCUCUACUUGCCACGUCGACAGGGAGGUCGAGGUAUGGUAGACAUUAAGCAAUUACAUAAUAAGUGUAAACAAAGCCUUCGUUUAUACUUCCACAACCAAGAGAACAGCCUACUCCAAACCGUGUGCAAAGCCGAUUUAAAAUAUUCACCAUUAAAUCUUAGUGAAUUUUCUGCAAUCGAAUUAAUAUCAGGAACGCAACAUAUCCAGUCGCUCAUGCAAGACUGGAAAAUGAAAGCGGUUCAUGGCAGAUAUCCACAUGCUCUAGACGCUCCUGAAGUAGAUAACGCUGCUUCCAACGAAUGGUUAAUUCACUCCGGCAUCUACGCCGAAACUGAAGGUUUUAUGAUCGCUAUACAAGAUCAAGUUAUUGCGACUAGAAACUACUCGAAAUAUAUUAUGCGUGCUUCCGUUGAAAACGACCUAUGCAGACGAUGCCAAAAGCAAACAGAAACCAUCCACCACAUCACAGGAGCUUGUGUCACGUUAGCAGCCACCGAAUACUUAACCAGACAUAACCAGGUGGCAAAAAUUGUACACCAGAGUCUAGCGAUACAACAUAAGCUAGUAACGGAAGAGCUGCCGUACUUUAAAUAUACUCCAGACGCUGUAAUUGAAAACAGAACGAGCAAGCUAUAUUGGGACCGAUCAGUUUUGACGGACCGUCCAAUGCCACACAAUAGGCCGGACAUAAUAGUGGUCGAAAAAGAAGUGAAUCAAGCGUUCCUCAUAGAUAUAGGCGUACCAAAUACUCACAAUCUUCAAGAUUGUUAUAUGGAGAAAUACAGAAAAUACCAGAGCUUAGCAUACGAGAUCAAGGAUUUGUGGAAAUUAGAAAAAGUAGAGGUGAUUCCAGUUAUAAUUUCGACAACAGGAGUUAUUCCAAAAUCAUUGAACACUAGCCUGGAAAAACUCAACAUGGUAGAAAAGCGAAGGGCCAUACAAAAAUCUGUGAUAUUAUCUACAUCAUCGAUAGUUCGUAAAUUUCUGAAUAUAAAUUAGCAUUAAGAAACAGAAAAGCUUGCAACUGUGUAGUAUUGUCAAUAUCCGUUUGUAACCAAUCUGAAGAUUAUAUUUCUCUUAUACUACUUUAUAAUCAAUAGUGUUAAGUAUUUUGUUGUAUACCAACCAAUACUUGAUGUGAACCCGUAACGGA